AUGGUACCUGAGUGAUUUAUAAGACGUUGGAAUACUCCUUACAUUUUCAGUGCGGACUGAAAAAACAUUCUACUAUAAUCUUCAUUUCUGAGCAAUAUAUUAAAACUACUUCUUUUUAAUACUGAUUCAUUCAAACGAGGCAAAUUGAUUGGUGCUUACGGAAACUUAAAACAGAACCAAGAAAUUAAAAAUAAGAUAUGUCAAAGUGGCUACUGAGCACCAUAAGGCAUCAGCCAAAACAAAGGACGAAUAUGACAUCUAACCAUAAUAAGGCAAAGGUCAGAGAAAGGAUUUCCAUAAGUUAAAACCGGCGCUAAAUCUGUUGUGUUCUUCUUUAUUAUAGAGGAGAGCAUAUCAAAUGGGACCAGACCUUUACAUAUAAUUGGUAUAUGAUGUCCUUAGUGACACUAUUUGUUAUUUAAGAAGCUACAAAGUUCUCUGUCGGCUCCACGAAAACGCAAACACCAAGAAUCUAUGAGUUGCAGUAGGCUGUAGAUGUCACUGAAGAGAACAUGAUACAUCGGCUAGUUAUCUAGGGAGCGUAGAGCGUUUCGGAUCUCUAGAGAGGAGAAUUAUAUGAUCACCCUUUUCAGGUGUAGAAUUUUCAUAAUUUUGAUGGCCCAAUGUAACAAUCUGUGUGUCAUAUGGUAACAAUCUGUAUCUCAUGGUGGAUUGACGAAAUAACUGAUGUUAAUUCAAAACAAUUUUCUUGAUUUUUAUUAUUUGUAAAUUUAGACCAUUUCCAAUGGUUCACCGUAUUUUUCAGUCUAAAAUAUAGUAACUUUAUAAUAGAGUUGUGAUAUAAUACAAUGGUACUUUUUUUAGAGUGAAAAAUAAAAUGAUGAACAAAAAAAACAACUUACACUAUAUAUAGAAUAAACCAAUUUUUUACUCUUUUAUAAAAUGAAAAAUAAAGUAUUAUUGAAAUAUUUUUACUAUAAACUUUAUUUUAAAAUGGAAAAUAGAGUGUGGUUGGAGAUGCUCUAAACAACAUGUGUGUUAUGUGGUUAUGUGCGUUGAUUAGAGUGAUUUUCUUUUGUUUAUUUUGAUUACGUUGGAUAAAUUUAGAAACGUUUCCGGAUAUCUUUUUAGAAAUUGAGGAUGAAGUCAUCAAUCUCUAUUGAAUUAUGCGAGGAAGCGGCUAAAGAGGCAUGCAUGCAUAUGUCCUAUUUUUUUUUUUAUUUUUUUUUUGUGAGGAAGCGGCUAAAGAGGCAUGCUAUGUUCUAUCUUUUUUUCCACUAAAAUGUUAUAUUCUAUCUUAUUGGAAAGCCGGUUGAUCUUACGAAAUAUAUAAAACCUCAAAGCAAUGAUAUAAUUAUGUAAAUGCAUAUGUAAUAUGUUCUAUCUUACGAGCAAGCCGGCCCAACAUGUUUCACAAAUUCGGUAAGAACACAUUUAUCGCGGUUUUCAAAUCCGCGUUUUUAGGUGUUUUUUAUUUAAAAAAAAAAAACAAAAUUAGCUAAUUAAGGUGAAAACGUCUCUUAAUCAAAAGCGCUACUGACGGGGUUUCACGGGGCACGUGUCAUUCUUGCACCAUCUCUCUCUUUCUCUCUCAACCGUCUCGUCUUCUCUCUUUCUCUCGAAGCGAAACCGAAGGCGAAACCGAAGGCGAAAUGGUGAUCUCUCCGCCACGAUGAUAUCUCCUUGUCGACGGCAUCAGUCGGAGUCUCUAUCGGUGGAAUCGUCGCCUCUCUCUCUCUGGUCGACGAAUCCGCGUCUCCCUCGCUCUCUUCGACGAUUCCACCUCUCUCUCUCUUUCUCUCUCUCGAUCUCGUCGAUGAAUCCACGUCUUUGUCGCUCUCUUCGACGAAUCCGCCUCUCUCUCUCUCGAUCUCGUCGAUGAAUCCGCGUCUCCGUCGCUCUCUUCGACGAUUCCACCUCCCUCUCGAUCUCCUCGACGCCUCCGCGUAUCUCUCGCUCUCCACGAUGGUUCACCGAGAUCAAGCUUCACUCCCCCUCUCUCUCUCCGGCCCGUGGCUAUCCUCGACGAAAUCAAACCAAAAGUAAAAGCUAAGUGUUUUCCUUCUCUGUCUGAAUCAUUCGUUGUUAUAUAGAUUCGUUUGUUGUGUUGCAUGCGUCUCAUGAUUCAACUCGGUUAUGUCUCUGUCUCUGCUUGUUAAUCAUUCUUGUGAUAGCUUAUGUCUUUGUGUUUGUUUAUAUCGAUCACUUUAUAGUUCUUCAUGCGUCUCAUGCGUUGUUUGUGUUUGUUUGUGUCUCGUGAUUCAAGAGAUGAUUAAUCAAAGUGUCUCAAUAUAUCAAUCGGUUGUGUUGGAUAGUUUAUGUCUCUGUCUUUGUUUAAGUCGAUCAGUGCUUGUGUUUGUUUGUGUCUCGUGAUUCAAGAGAUGAUUAAUCAAGGUGUCUCAAUAUAUCAAUCGGUUGUGUUGGAUAGUUUAUGUCUAUGUCGAUCAGUUCUUGUGUUUGUUUAUGUCUACUGAUUCAAGAGAUGAUGUCUCAAUAUUUGUUUCUUCACCUGUCUUCUGUCUGAAUCGUUCUAGUGUUGAUUAUGUUUCUUGUGUUUCUUUUUUAGAUGGACGGAUAAAGAGAGUUGGAGUUUCUUCAAAGAAGAGGUCUGUGGUUUGGACGGAUGAAGAGGUAAGCAAUUUCAGGUUAGAUAAAUUUCAACUGUGAAUUGAUUGUGAAUGUGAACUGAAGGUUCUUUGAUUGCCAAUCUGGUUAGAUAGAAAUUAGGUAGAUAGCAAUUAGGUAGAAUUGAAAUGAGUUAGAUAAAUGUCAACCGAAAGUUAAAAGUUGAAGUGUGGUUAAUGAAUUAGAUAGAAAUGAAUGUUAGAUAAAUGAGUUAGCUAAAUGUCAAGUCCAUGUGGUUGUGGAACUGAUCAAAGCGUUAAACGCUUUCUAUCUUCUAUUAAACAGAUUCCUUCUUCUCUCUUUCUCUAUCAACCUCGUUUUCCUUCUUCUCUCUCUCUCUUUCUCUCUUCUUCUUAGACAAAUUCAGAUAUGGAUUUCAAUCCAUAUAUGAAUUUAAAUUUUCUUGAUCUUCUUCAAAGUCAACAAGAUACUAGCAUCAAUUUAGAAUCCUCCCAUGUUCCUUUAUUUGGGUCCCAAGAAACUGAAGCUUCAAAUUUCAAACCAGACAGUCAUGCGGAGAGUAGAGGACGCCGCACGUGGACUCCAACAGAUGAAAAUGUCCUCAUUAGCGCCUGGUUAAACACCAGUAAAGACCAUGUCGUAGGGAAUGAGCAACGGUCGGUUGCUUUCUGUAAAAGGAUAGCAACCUACUACUCGGCUAGUCCCAAGAUCGCUGAGUGUGACAGAAGAGAGUCAUCACAGUGUAAGCAAAGGUGGCACAAGAUCAACGACUUGGUGGGCAAGUUUUGUGGAGCUUUUGAAGCAGCAACUCGUGAGAAAAUCAGUGGGCAAAACAAGAAUGAUGUUCUCAAACAUGCCCACGAAAUCUUCUUCAACAACUACAAAAAGAAGUUCACAAUAGAACAUGCUUGGAAAGAGCUUAGACAUGACCAGAAGUGGUCUGAUCUUUCUUCGGCUUGCUCUCAAGGAAAUUCCAAAAGGCAGAAGUUAGAUAACGGUUUGCACUCAGCCUGCUCUCUAGCUGAUGAUGGAACGACUCAACCCCCUAGUGUUAAGGCUGCAAAAGCUCGUGGGAAGAAACAAGUAGGCGAUGGGAAAGAACUUGAUGAGUUUCAGAAAAUGUGGAGAAUCAAGCAAGAGGAUUUGGUUAUUAAGGAAAAGCUGUCGAAGAUGAAGCUUCUGGACAGAAUCAUGGCAAAACAAGAACCUCUAGAUGCUGAUGAAGAAGCUCUGAAGAAGAAGUUAAUUAAUGAGUUGUUGCUGUGUAAUUAGGAUGCUUGCGGGACAGAGUUUUGGCUUUGGAGUCUUGCCUUCGACUGAAGAGAGUCACGGAGUCGACACAGAGAUGUCUGGUAGUGUCAAGUGGAGUAAAUUGUAUGUGUCUUUAUGUGUAUGUGUCUAUUAGUGUCAAGUGGAGCAUGUGUCUUUAUGUGUCUGUUAGUGUCAAGUGGAGAUGUUUGGUAGUGUCAAGUGGAUUAAACUGUAUGUGUCUUUAUGUGUAUGUGUCUGUUAGUGUCACGGACUUUGUGUGUCUAUAUGCAUUCUAUUUUUAUGUCACGGACUUUGUGUGUCUAUGUGUGUCUAAAUGCAUCUUCUCUAUUUAUAACAACAACAAACUCAUCUUCUCUCUAUAUCCAACGCAAAAACUAUAAGUCAUCUCCUCUCGUCAAACAAAACAACGACAAACUCAUCUUCUGUCCAUCAAACAACAAAGCAUCAAACCAUCUAUCGUAAUUCCAAAGAACCAAGAUACGCUUCUCUCGUAAACACCAAAGCCAUCACUUAUCUUUUUAAACCCCAAAACCAUCUUUAUCUUUCAAACACCAAAACCAUCUUAUCUUUUUUUCUCUUAAAGCCAUCUCUUUAAUCACCAUAUAUGGCUUAUUCUUCUCAAAAUACUUUAGAUGAAUCUUUUGAUGAUGCAUUUGAUGAGCUCUUUCAUCAACAUUUUUAUCAAGCCUUUGAGAAUUUAACCAUUCAUCGUGAUCAAGAAGAACGAAGAAAGAAAAGAAAAAAACAAGCGUAUAUCGAAAGAAAUCGUGAGGAAGGGAAUGAUUAUUUCAGUGAUACUCCAACGUAUCCUGAAAAUUUCUUCCGUCGACGUUUUAGAAUGAACAAACCAUUGUUUAUGCGCAUUUUUGAUCAUCUCUCCAAUGAAGUUCAAUACUUUAAGGAAAAGCAAGAUGGUCUCGGAAGGAUUAGUAUAUAUCCCCUUCAAAAGUGUACUGCAGCCAUUCGUGUGUUGGCAUAUGGUUAUGCGGCUGAUGCGGUCGACGAAUAACUCCGGCUCGGUGAAACAACAACUCGGUUAUGCGUGGAAAAUUUCGUGGAAGGAAUUAUAUAUUUGUUUGGCGAUGAGUACCUAAGAAGACCAAUACCGGCUGAUCUUCAACGUCUACUUGAUGUUGGAGAGUAUCGUGGAUUUCCCGGAAUGAUAGGAAGCAUCGAUUGUAUGCAUUGGGAGUGGAAGAAUUGUUCCACCGCUUGGAAAGGGCAAUAUUCUCGUGGUUCGGGUAAACCAACAAUCGUUUUAGAGGCGGUUGCUUCAUACGAUCUCUGGAUAUGACACACGUUUUUUGGACCGCCAUGUACCUUAAACGAUAUCAAUGUUCUUGAUCGCUCACCUGUUUUUGAUGACAUAAUAAAAGGUCAUACUCCGGAAGUC